AUGAAGCUACUACUGCAACUUGUUGCAUUGAUAGCCUUGAACGCUACAUAUGCAGUAGCGGCCGUUAGCCCUGCAGAAACUCCCGAAUGGCUAUGGUUAGGCUGUGGCAAAGGAAAAGGAAACUGUGGUGUCUACGAAGACUUCCAGGUGGAAGCAUCGGCGACUCACGAGCUCCGCUGUUGUUCAUCUGUUGAAGUAUCAGGCUGGACGAAGCAGAACGGAUGUGAUAUCUGGGCUCAAUCUGAUCUCAUUGGAGAGGAUGGCCGCGUACAAUGCUUCCAUGAUGUGACCUACGCUGAAGCACUAGACAUCUGUGCCCUAAACGGCGGAUAUGUUUGCACCAAAGAUCAAGUUGACGCUGGCUGCACUCGGAGUUCUGGAUGCGGUCACGAUGCAGAUCUCAUUUGGACUGAUGCGGAAGCUCCAGCCCGUAUCAUGCCAGAACUCCCUUAUCAAGAACCUGUUGACCCCGAGGAAUGGUUGUAUCUAGAAUGUGGCAAAGGAGAAGGCCAAUGUGGAACUGUGGAUACCAGUGCGCAGGCAAAAGAUAAGCACGAAGUCCGUUGCUGUUCUGAUAUUCCCUUGCCUGGCUGGAUGCGCUCAUCCGGUUGUGAGAACUGGCAUGAAUCCGAACUCAUUGCUCUUGAUGGUUCUUCUGGUACCUGUUUCCACGAAUCUUCUUACGCUGAGGCGCAAGCAAUCUGCAAAAAGAAUGAUGCAUAUGUCUGCACCCAAGAACAAGUGAAAUCUGGAUGCGUUAAAGGAUCUGGAUGUGGUCACGAUUCCGAUCUCAUUUGGACCUCUACUGGUCCCGCUCCUGCUAGAACACCGUUGCCUGCCCCUGCUGCCGUUGCCAGCGAUUCCCAUCUUUUCAUUGCAUGCGGAGCUGGAAUCAAUGGCUGUGGAGGUGCAAAACACUCCCUUGGCGUUGCAAAAGCCAAUGAGCAACACGAAGUGCGAUGCUGUUCCCCCUACUCUUUGCCCGGUUGGUUGAAAGGAGGUGGCUGCAACAGCUACGCUCAAUCUAAGUUAUCAGGUGAUCAGUGCUUUCAUGCUUCAACAUACGCCGAGGCACAAGACAUCUGCCACGAAAACUUGGCUUAUGUUUGCUCGAUGAGCGAAGUCUUGGACGGUUGCACCAAAGGUACCGGAUGUAGCCAUGAUUCUGACUUUGUUUGGACCAGCACACCCGCUAACGCCGAAGCCGUUGCUGCUUACAAGGUCAAGAUGACCCAAGCAGCUGCUAUAUCUGGCGUCUGCGUCGGAACCAAAGCAAGAGUUUCUGGAGACCCUCAUUUCACUACUUUCGACAAGUUGAAAUAUGACUGCCAAGGUCAUGGAGAAUUCGUGAUUGCCAUGUCGAAGGGAAGCGACCCACUUGCAAUCCAUGGACGCUUUGUUCGUGUGCGAGAAUCCAAAGCAAAGCCAACUGUCACCAAAUCUGUGGCCAUCAAGGUCGUUGAAGAAGUUCCAAUUAUCCAAGUGACUGCUCCUCCACAAAAGAUCGACGGCAAGUGCCCUGUCACCUUUACUGUCGGCAAGGAAGAAACUCCUACCGAGGAUAUCGUUUCCUUUGUCAAUGCGAACUACAAUGGAACCGUGAACAUCUUUUCCAACGGCAGGAACAUCAUCUUCACUUAUCCCGGUGCCAGUGCUCGUGUCCAAAUCACUGCCGGUGGCGGUGGAAACAGAUGUGUUUUAAACACCAACCUUUGUCUCACUCCCGAGGCUCAUGGUGGAGCCGAGAACAUUGUCGGGCUUCUUGGCUCUCCCGAUGGCGUGAAAGAAAACGAUUGGAUGACCCGGGACGGAAGUUUCGUUCCGCUACCAGAGGUCUGCACCAUUCCCGACCCAACCAACUCUGAAACCAAAGAAUGUAAGAAGGCUAGGAACAAGGGAGGUCAUGAAUGGUGCGUGGACAACUGGUGCAUCGGACAUGCGGACAACUCUCUUUGGAGUGAGGAGUCACAUGCAGAGUACAACGAGUGUGAUAAUCGUGAGCCAGAUGGAUUCUUUGAUGAUAUUGACGAUGUCGAUCCUGCAAUCGUUGAGGCCUGUGAAGGUACUGAGGAUCCAGAUGGUUGUGUCUUGGAUACCGCCAUUGCUGUUGAGGAAGGCGAAAAUGUGACCGAAUUCGUGCAGACGAUCUUGGAAGAGGACGAGGAUUCAAACUUUGUCGAGAAGCUCGACGAGUUAGAUCCAUCAGAAGCCCUUGAUGAUUGGGAUGGGCCCGUCCUGAGCGCUGCCAGCGCUGUUGAAAUUGAAGUGCCUGAUGACCUCCCUGAGACUGCCGACGAAGAAACUCCUUCUGAUGCUUCGGACCCAGCUGAUUCGCCUACUGAUACUGCAGAUAUUCCGGACCAACCCGUUUCAGAGUCAUCUGGCAGUCUCGGAGAUCCUCACUUCAAGACAUGGGUGGGAGAGCACUUUGAGUACCAUGGACAGUGCGAUAUGGUUCUGACCAGGGACCACAACUUCGCUGACGGCCUUGGGUUGGAAGUCCAAAUCCGAACCAAGCUCGUUCGUUUCUGGAGUUACAUCAAGCGUGCUGCUAUCCGUAUCGGCGAUGACAUUCUCGAGAUUGAAGGUUCUGCUGAUCCAGAGGACCACGACUCCCGUUACUGGUUCAACUUCCAAUAUCAAGCUGGUGCUGCUUUCGUUGGUGGAUUCCCUUUGAAGAUUUCCAACAAUGGCCUCCAUAAGAGAUUCUACGAAAUCGAUUUGAGCUCCAAAUACCCUGGUCAAAAGAUCGUGAUCUCUUCCUACCGCGAAUUUGUUCGUGUCGACUUCCAACGUACAACAGCUGAAGCAUUUGGUAACGUUGUUGGUAUGAUGGGUGAUUUCAAAACUGGAAACCUUCUUGCUCGUGAUGGUGUCAAGGAGAUCCAUGAUUUCUUGGAAUUUGGAAACGAAUGGCAACUCCUCCCUGCGGACGACAUGCUAUUCCAUGACAAGGCUGAACCUCAAUUCCCCAAGCGCUGCAUUGUCCCUGAAGAUCCUCAAGGACAACGCCGUAGACGACUUGACGAAUCCACUAUUACAAUGGAAGAGGCUGAAGCUGCGUGCUCCAAGGUUGUUGGUGAUGCCUUGGACAUCAAGGACUGUGUUUACGACAUCUUGGCCACCCAAGACUUGAACAUGGUCGGGGCCUUUUAG